AUGCUUGAAAAGAUAUUCCGAAAACGGCCGCAGGAUCUCUACGCGGAGACUGAUCUGCCCAGGGAAUCGGUCUCUACCAGGGAGCACUCGGAGAAAGGCCAUGGCGAUGUCGUCGACACGCCCGUCCCGCUUGUAACAUGGCGAUCGCUUGUCAUGGGUCUCUUUGUGUCCAUGGGUGGAUUCCUGUUUGGAUAUGAUACCGGUCAGAUCUCGGGGUUCCUUGAGAUGAAGGAUUUCCUGCAGCGAUAUGGCCAAAUUGGCAAAAACGGCACGUACCACUUUAGCAAUGUCCGCUCGGGCCUGAUAGUUGGCUUGCUCUCCAUCGGCACUCUGAUCGGUGCUUUAGUUGCGGCCCCGAUUGCGGAUCGCAUGGGACGAAAAUGGUCGAUCAGUGCUUGGUGUGCUAUUCUCUGUGUCGGCGUUACCGUGCAGAUCUCGUCGCCCUCCGGGAAAUGGUAUCAAUUCGCUAUGGGCCGCUGGGUUACUGGGCUGGGGGUGGGUGCGCUGUCGCUCCUUGUACCCAUGUACCAGGCAGAGUCUGGGCCAAGGCAUAUCAGAGGCUCUCUGGUCAGCACGUACCAGCUUUUCAUCACGCUGGGAAUCUUCGUGGCCAACUGCAUCAAUUUCGGCACCGAAAAGAAUACCGACACCAGCUCCUGGAGGAUUCCUCUCGGGAUCACCUACUUAUGGGCUCUGAUCCUGGGCGUUGGCAUGCUUUUCUUCCCCGAAAGCCCCCGAUUCGAUUAUCGACAUAAUAAGGUAGACGCUGCGAUGAACAAUCUGGCGAAGAUCUAUGGUGUUCCUCAAAACCACCGUGCGCUCCAAAUUGAAUUCGAAGAAAUCAAGGAGAAGUACGAGGAGGAAGUGCGCAAUGGAAAUCCGACUUGGAUGCAGUUCUUCAAAGCUCCGACCAUGCCCCGUCGGGUGGUUGUCGGCGUCGCCUUACAGGCACUGCAGCAGCUGACUGGCGCAAAUUACUUCUUCUACUACGGAACGGUUGUAUUCAAGGGCGCCGGAAUCCCCAACAGCUAUGUCACGCAGAUGAUCCUGGGAGGCGUGAAUUUCGGUACCACCUUUCUCGGCCUCUACUUGAUCGAGCAUUACGGUCGCCGCCGAUCUCUCAUUGUCGGCGCACUGUGGAUGUUCGUCUGCUUCAUGAUCUUCGCCUCCGUGGGCCACUUCUCUCUGGACCGACUGCAUCCCGAGAGGACCCAGACUGCCGGGGUGGUCAUGGUCGUAUUUUCCUGUCUUUUUAUUCUCGGCUUCGCGAGUACCUGGGGCCCUAUGGUAUGGACGAUUAUCGCCGAGCUGUUCCCAUCGCAAUAUCGAGCUCGGGGCAUGUCCCUCGCGACGGCGUCUAAUUGGCUCUGGAACUUCCUCCUCGCCUUCUUCACGCCGUUUAUCACCGACGCUAUUGACUUUCGAUAUGGGUACGUGUUCGCCGGAUGUCUCUUCCUCGCGGCUGGGCUCGUCUACGUGGCUGUCAUUGAAGGCCAAGGGCGUACGCUUGAGGAGAUAGAUACCAUGUAUCUUAUGAAUGUCAAGCCGUGGAAGAGCACGAAGUUCCAAUUCCCGGCUGAUGCUGGUAUCAUGCGCGGCUCUUUUGAUAAGAGCAGUCACGCUGGUGCUGGAUCGUCUUCUCACGUUGCCGAAGCCGAGAGGCCCAGUGACGAUCACGAUGUUCCUACGGUACCGGAUGUAUAG